GACAAAAGAUAUUUGGAACGCUAAUAGCAGUCCUCUAGCUGGAUAUCUACACUCCCUGUAAAGCGCAUUGCUCUACGCGACAACCCACCCUGUAGAGAAGGAUUGGUCGUUAAUGGAACACAAUAUCACAUUCAAGUACUCUUAAAAUACGUGUAGCACCUUGGCGGCCAAGGGUAUUGACGAAUCUUGCUGCCCGGUGUUGCUGGUAGCAUCGAGGCAGCAUGGGCUCCGAGGUGCAGGCGAUCACCAUAGCGGUGACGGCAGGCCGUGAUUGUGCUAUGAGCGGGGAUUACUCGGCUGGUGUUACUUACUAUGAGAACGCUGUGGAGCUCACGUCUAGGUACAUCCGCAUGUUGGGCGACCCGCUUGCAAUUCGGCAUUGGACUGCACUCCUGCAUCAGCUACAGGAUGAGUUCAGCUGUGUACGGCAGUGCGACAAGGAGGCACGUGGUAUGCGCAUGGAUGCCGGAGUCCAACGGGCAAACAGCUACGGCGAUAUGGGAGAUGCCCGUGCAUCUGCGGCGUACGAUGAUGGCUACCGACAACCCAUCGUCGUGUGCCACAACCCAAACCAGGGCCAAGACGACCCCAUGGUGUGGCGCCCUCCCACGCGCGAAGGCCGCGGCAGCGCCCCUGUGCGCGGAGGGGCCCCAGCACGACCUCGCGCCAGCCAGGAUGACAGCCGCCAGGCGCCGUCUUGGUCUAACAACGGGGCGGGAGCCGGGGGCAGGCAGGCGAAUGCAGCGGGGCCGCCAGGGCGGUCGUCGUCGGCACAGCGGAGACCAGGAGCUGCUAACGCCCCCGCUGCGGGCAACAAGGCGGCGGGGUACGACAAGCCCUGGCGCCAGAACAUGGCGGACAAGGGCGGCGCUGCGGGCGGCGGCAAGGGCGGUGCCGGCGCGGCAGGAGCGGCUGCCAACAAGAAGCAGUACGUGGGUCCCGACCAAGAGCUAGCCAACAUGUUGGAGAGGGACAUUAUCGACCAGGGCAUCAGCGUAAAGUGGGACGACAUCGCGGGCCUGGAGGAGGCCAAGCGGGUUCUCAAUGAGGCACUGGUGCUGCCCAUGAUCAUGCCCGACUUCUUCACGGGCAUCCGCAGACCCGUCAAGGGUGUCCUCCUGUUCGGCCCUCCAGGAACCGGGAAGACCAUGCUGGCCAAGGCAGCGGCCACGGAGACCUCGUGCACCUUCUUCAACGUCUCCUCAGCCACCCUGGCGUCCAAGUACCGCGGAGAAAGUGAGCGUAUGGUGCGUGUGCUGUUCGACAUGGCUCGCGAAAUGGCCCCCGCCAUGAUCUUCAUAGACGAGGUGGACUCGCUGUGCUCGCAGCGCGGCACCGCUAACGAGCACGAGGCCUCGCGCCGCGUGAAGACGGAGCUGCUGGUGCAGAUCGACGGCGUGCACGGGGGCGGCGACAAGGACAAGGACGCAGCUGCGGCGGGCGGCCCAGACGGAGAGCCCCCCGCGCCGCGUCACGUGUUCGUGCUUGCAGCCACCAACUUCCCCUGGGACAUCGACGAGGCACUGCGCCGCCGCCUUGAGAAGCGCGUGUACAUCCCGCUGCCGGGUCACGCACAGCGACUGCAACUGCUGAAGAUUAACCUCAAGGAGGUGGACGUAGCGGAUGACGUGAACCUGGACUCGGUCGCCGCCCAGCUGGACGGCUACAGCGGCGACGACAUCACCAACAUCUGCCGCGACGCCGCCAUGAACGGCAUGCGGCGCCUGGUGGCGGGCAAGACGCCCGCGGAGAUCUUGGCACUGCGGGAGGCGGGAAAAGACAGCUUCAAGGAGCCGGUGACGAAGGAGGACUUCCAGCAGGCCAUCCGCAAGAUCAACCCCUCGGUGUCCAAAGAAGACAUCAAGCGCCACGAGGAGUGGCUGGGCGUGUUUGGAAGCACGUGAGAGGAAAGAGCCCCAGGAAGGAGAAGAGGGGUUGCGCGCACGCGGAUGCCUACGGGUUGUGUGGAUGCUGCCGGAGGAGGCUUGGAAGGGGGAUAGUACCUGAGUGGGUUGGACGGUUAAGCUAUGCAGGAUGUGGCGGGGGUGUGAACCCGCGCGCAUGCAAGUGCUGAUUUAAGCAGUGGUGGUGCAGCCUUGGCGCAUGCAGGGUAUCUACGAGCGGAGGCUGCAGGAGUAUCUACGAGAAGUGCGUUUGCGAAGCAGCGGUUCUUGCUCGGUUCCAGGCUGUAUACCUUGAUGAUCUUGGUAUCCUGGUGGCGUGUCGCCCUGACUGUUGGGUAAAGAGACUGUCGUCAACUGCGGAGCGACCGCUGUAAUGAAAGGAACGACAGUUGGCGUGCGGCAUUGUGUUACCCUCCUAACUACGGGACGGCCACGACUCCUGGUACUGGUUGGCGGAGGGGCCUGCAAGAGCCCUGUUGCAUUACCG